UGGAAUGACGUGUCGGUGUCCAUUUUUCGAAGCUUCGUUCGAUUCAACCGGUAAACAGUACUAUCAUUAUAAAAAUGGUCAUCAAAAUACCUGCAGAAGCACCAAGAGUGUUCUUCCUAUGUGUUAUCUGGUACACUAUAAGCUCGACAAACAGCGUGGUUGGCAAGAAAUUACUCAAUGAAUUUCCACAUCCGACUACCGUGGCCUUCGUCCAAGUUCUGUCCACAGCUCUGUUUAUGGGUCCUACGCUCGUUGUGUGGAAGAUCCCCAAGAAUAUGCCUAUUCCAAAAGCUGCUUUUUUAAAGCUGAUUAUUCCUUUAUCGUUCGGGAAGGCUUUGGCUGCUGUGUCGGCGUAUUUUAGUAUAUGGAGGAUACCAGUUUCGUACGCUCAUACAAUAAAGGCGACUAUGCCCAUUUUUACUGUGGUUUUAUCAAGAUUAAUCUUAGGCAACAAACAAACAAAGAUGGUUUACUGCUCCCUUAUACCUAUUGUUUUUGGUGUAUUGGUUUCCACGGUAACUGAGUUAUCAUUUGAUUUAGUUGGGCUUCUGAGUGCUCUUUUAGCUACUCUGACAUUUUCAGUACAAAAUAUAUUUACAAAAAUGGCUUUGAAAGACCUCCACAUCAACCAUCUACGACUUCUGUACAUCUUGGCCAGGAUUUCAACAGUCAUCUUAUUACCAUUCUGGGCACUUUAUGAUUUAAGAAGAAUCUUAACAUAUUCUGAUUUGAGCGAAGAAAAUAUUUUAUGGCUGGUCAUAAUGCUUACGAUAACUGGUUUCCUCAACUUUCUACAAAAUAUGGUAGCAUUCACAGUCCUCUCUCUCAUCACACCCCUCAGUUAUUCCGUUGCCGCAGCAACCAAGCGAAUUCUUGUCAUAACUUUCUCAUUAUUAAUGUUACAAAAUCCUGUAACGUAUAUUAAUGUACUAGGGAUGUUAACGGCCAUAUUUGGUGUCUUCUUAUAUAAUAAGGCAAAAUACGAAGCAAACAAGAAGAAAGACCAACUACCGCAAUACCAGAAGGAUGCAAAUCAUAUCAACGAUGUGAACCAUAUCAAUCAUCGACAUCCAAGACAUCAUCACUACAUAUGAAAAAUAYCUUUAUGUGGACAAUAAAUGAGAUCGAAACAUGAUGAUCUACAAAAUAAGUCGAAGAAAGUGUGAAAGCCGACGUCCCCAUAGUUUGGUAUUUUCUGUUUUUACAAGGGCAAGCGAACUUUUUAAUACUACAACACUCUGAAUCUGCCUUUGGUAAAGGUAGGGUGACCCUUCUGCUAGGACUUACUCCAUUGCCUUUGGUUUUCCUUGAGGAUUGAAAAAAAACAACCGUUCUCUACAGCUAGGGUUACCCUACUUUCAAGUAAUACCUUUGUUUUUUCCCAUUAGCCUCGUUUUGAAGUGCCUCAAUGCGAGGCUAUUGGAACAGCAAAAUCGCUCUUCCCAAGAAAUAUGAAUUAUUAUAGAAUUAAUAUUUUUUAGUUAAUUUAUUCCUAAGAAAGUUUGGGUUGAAAUAAAUAUUUAUGAGGUUUUCAGGGCUGUCUCCUAUUAAAUCAGGAUGGUAUGGAUCAGCCUUGACAACUUACAAUUAUAGUGCCGCUUGCUAGAAAUAUAGAUGGAARUUUGCAAUGCUGAUAUUGCAAAAACAAUAAAAUUGAAACUCUAGGCUGUAGUGUUUAAAAGACUUAGUUGUUCAAGCAGGAAUGUUUUUAUAGACCAUAAUAUUAUUAUYUCGUAGAGCGAGUUUUAAUCUCCUAGAUAUGUAUUUAUUCCUUAUGAGAAAUACCAAUAAUUUUGGCAUAAUAGUCAAGAAACAUGUAAAUUUGGGCCACGUAGGUUAUACUUUACGAAUAAACAGAUCGCAAAAAGGGACCAUAGAUAUAGUCGUAAAUAAAGAAUUUGUUGGAAAA